AUGUCCAGCACACCACAUGACCCUUUCUAUUCUUCUCCUUUUGGCCCAUUUUAUAGGAGACACUCACCAUACAUGGUGCAACCAGAGUACCGAAUCUAUGAAAUGAACAAGAGGCUGCAGUCUCGUACAGAGGAUAGUGACAACCUCUGGUGGGAUGCCUUUGCAACUGAGUUUUUUGAAGAUGAUGCAACCUUAACCCUUUCAUUUUGUUUGGAAGAUGGACCAAAGCGAUACACCAUUGGAAGGACCCUAAUUCCUCGUUAUUUUAGCACUGUCUUUGAAGGAGGUGUAACAGACCUGUAUUACAUUCUCAAGCACUCAAAAGAGUCAUACCACAACUCAUCUAUCACAGUGGACUGUGAUCAAUGCACCAUGGUCACCCAGCAUGGAAAACCCAUGUUUACCAAGGUAUGCACAGAAGGGCGUCUUAUCUUGGAGUUUACCUUUGAUGAUCUUAUGAGAAUAAAAACAUGGCACUUUACCAUUAGACAGUACAGAGAAUUAGUCCCACGCAGCAUUCUAGCCAUGCAUGCACAAGACCCUCAGGUGCUGGAGCAGCUGUCCAAAAACAUCACCCGAAUGGGUCUGACUAACUUCACCCUCAACUACCUCAGGUUGUGUGUAAUAUUGGAGCCAAUGCAAGAACUGAUGUCAAGACAUAAAACUUACAAUCUAAGUCCUCGGGACUGCCUGAAGACAUGCUUGUUUCAAAAAUGGCAGAGAAUGGUGGCACCACCAGCAGAGCCCACAAGACAACCGACAACCAAACGGAGAAAAAGGAAAAAUUCAACCAGCAGCACUUCAAACAGCAGUGCUGGGAACAAUGCAAAUAGUACCAAUAGCAAGAAAAAAACAGCAGCUGCAAACCUGAGCUUGUCAAGUCAGGUACCUGAUGUGAUGGUGGUAGGAGAACCAACGCUGAUGGGAGGAGAAUUUGGGGAUGAAGACGAAAGGCUUAUCACUAGACUAGAGAACACACAGUAUGAUGCAGCAAAUGGCAUGGAUGAUGAAGAAGACUUCAACAAUUCACCUGCAUUGGGAAAUAACAGCCCAUGGAACAGCAAACCUCCUGCUAACCAGGAGACCAAAUCUGAAAAUCCCACACCACAAGCUUCCCAAUAG